AGCCCCAGCCGGGGAUUUUGGAAGAAAAAAAACAGUGCGUCGCCAGCCAUGGAGCGACGCGAGGAUGAGUAUGGCUUUCAAGAGAUGCAGCCGGAAGGCGAAGAGCCCAACGAGCUCCAGCAGCUGAGUAUCUUUCAGAGGUGCGGCAUCGGCAUGCUGUGCUUUGUGCUGACCUGCUACUUCAUCCCCAUGCUCUCCUUCAUUCCCCUGGCCAUCUUCGGCGGGCUGCAUACUCCCAGCCCCUGGGCGGGGCAGUACAAUCAGGAGGCCCCGGUGCCCGUGGUGCCCUCCAAGGAGAUGCCGACGGGAAGAUGGUACUGGAGCCUGCCGAUGGCAUCCUUGGUCUUGAUCCUGGUGCCCACCGGCAUUGUCUUUACCAUGUACAAGCUGAAGAUGAGGUCAAUGCGACGUCAGCAGCUGGCGGAGGGCUUCGUUGAAGACUGCGUCCAAGCCGACGCUUGAGCGCGCAGGCGUUGUCGCCCAGGCGCUCGCGCCCUGAACGCGCGCCGUGGUGUGGUACUUUGGUGCCGGAGGCCAUG